GGCAACUGGUCCAGGAGACUGAGGACCUGCUGACUCUGGCUUCACUGGCCUCCGGGCAGACUGGUGAGGGGCAAGAGGAUGCCAACACCUAUGCAACGUGCCCGAGCCUGGAACUGCCCCCACUGUGGUGCACUGGCUGUGGGAGCAAGGAAAUGGAUACCUUCUGCUUCGUCUGCUUCCAGAAAGAGGAGCUACAGCCCUUGCAAAUGAACAGUGCGACAAUGAGUGCUGGCUCGAUCGAGCAGGAGCCGUCGCGCAAGCUGGCCUGCUGCGGGGUGCCCCUGAUCACCGAGGACAUGCAGUCGCUGGCCAUCCGCACCCUCUCCGGCACCGACAUCAACAAGCACUAUGACCUCAUCCGCGAGCUUGGCAAGGGCACCUACGGCAAGGUGGACCUGGUGUCCCACAAAAGCACAGGCACCAAAAUGGCGUUGAAGUUCGUGAACAAGAGCAAGACGAAGCUGAAGAACUUCUUGCGGGAGUUCAGCAUCACCAACACGCUCUCCUCCAGCCCCUUCAUCAUCAAGGUCUUUGACGUGGUCUUUGAGACUGAGGAUUGCUACGUCUUCGCUCAGGAGUACGCGCCUGGUGGGGACCUCUUUGACAUCAUCCCGCCACAGGUGGGCCUCCCCGAGGACAUGGUGAAGCGCUGUGUGCAGCAGCUGGGCCUGGCCCUGGACUACAUGCAUAGCAAGAACUUGGUGCACCGGGACAUCAAGCCGGAGAACGUACUGCUCUUUGACCGCGACUGCCGCCGGGUGAAGCUGGCCGACUUCGGCAUGACCCGCAAGGUGGGCUGCCGGGUGAAGCGCAUCAGCGGCACCAUACCCUACACAGCGCCCGAGGUGUGCCAGGCCGGCCGGGCCGAAGGCUUCGCCGUGGACACCAGCAUUGACGUGUGGGCCUUCGGGGUGCUCAUCUUCUGCGUCCUGACUGGCAACUUCCCCUGGGAGGCAGCCUCUGCCUCGGACACCUUCUUUGAGGAGUUUGUGCGGUGGCAGAAGGGGCGCCUGGCAGGCCUGCCAUCCCAGUGGCGGCGCUUCACAGACAACGCCCUGCGCAUGUUCCAGCGUCUCCUGGCCCUGGACCCCGAGAAGCGCUGCCCCGUCAAGGAGGUCUUCUACUUCAUCAAGUAUGACCUGAUGUCAGAGGUGCGCCGCCGGCCCUCCUACCGCUCCCGCAAGCAUGCCGGAGAUAAGCUCUCCGCCGGCCCCCACCGCCAUGAGACGCCCAGCUCCUGCACCCCCACCCCGCUCAAGAGAACCAUCCUGACGGAAGGCAGUGGCCCCCGGCUCUCUGCCUCCGAGCCAGGCCUACCCUCCCCCGGGGGAGCUAGCCGGACGGACGGGCGGCAGGACAAAGGCAAAGGGCAGAUGGUCCUGGCCACAGCAAUAGAGAUUUGUGUCUGAUGAGGGCUCAGUGGGAAUGAGGGGACAGCUGGUCCUCGCGACACCGCUCUGCUCCGUACAGCCUGCAACGAUGAUGUCAGCACCCCCGGCUCCUUGCCCCACUGGUGAAUGGGGGUCAAGGGGGGAUGGGGAUUCCUUUUUGUGUGAAAAGGGACCAGGAGCCGUGUCUCCCGAAGCAAAAAAUACUCACACUGCUAGUACUCACUGAUACUGAGGAUGCGACGUACAGCUAAACCCUGGAGGAAAGGCCAGAGUGCAGACACAGCCAGACAGAAAGGCCCCGGCUUGGUGGCCGGGAAGGACCAUGUGUGUCAUGGCGGCCCCUCCCCGUCACGUCUUCCAUGAUUGGGUUGGAGGCUGCUUCCCCUGGCACUCUGCACUGUGCCCCUGCUUUGUCAGUGGGGCCUGGGAGGAGCGCUGAGGCUCUUCCCAUUGUUGGGGGUGGGCAGGGACUUUCACAGGGAUGAGAGCAGGAAGCCACAGGAGGGAGGGAAUCGGCACCGAGUCUUGGACACACGGAUGGGUGGCCAUCUUGCGGG